CGACAGGAGCAUUUCCGACAAGUGCAUUUUUUAUGUGAACAUGAAGCAUGUCUCGCAAAGAAAUUUGUUGUCUUUCAAUCUGAAGUUGAGAUGAAGAGGCAUAAUACUAUCGAACAUAGUGGCUUGUCUCGCUCCAAAAGGAAUGCUGCUCUUCAGAUACCUGUUAGCUUCAGAUACCGAGGUAGUGCUGAAGAACAUCAACAACGAGGAAGGCGGCGUGGUUUUCAUCUGGACCCAAGUCAGUUAACCAUCCAAGGUAGUUCAGAGAUGGCAGCUGCGGAUGGGAGUUUGCACGAGUCAUCUUCUGUUAGUGGUAGAAUACAUAGUGACAUUGGAGAAACUAAUCAAUCUGAUAUGAUCACAAGUACCAUGGAAUCGCUAGCUGUCAGUUCACACCCUGAAGAACUAUCUUCAAUGUCGGAUGCAAACAACACCCAGAGUUUUGGAAGUGCUCCUGCUGUAGAAGAAAUUUCUUUUCCUCCCCUCUCUAAUUUUGUGCCGCCUGAGCCAACUUCCAGGUAUGCUCAGGCUCUUAAUCAAGGGAUCUCUGCCCGACUUGUUGAAGCAUCAUUUCCUCCUCUUCCAGGAGCGAAAGACAGCAUUAAACCAAUGAUAGCACCUGUGGCAGAGGGAUUAGCUGCAAAUACUAUUGCAGCUCGUCUUAAGCUACAUAGCAAAGUUGUGCACUCUGCUCGACCGAAAGCUUCACAAGAUCAUGAACAUGGUUACCCCAUUUCAGGAAGUUCUUUGGAGAUGAGGCCACAGACACGAAGUCAAAGUCCUGUAACAUCAAAUUCAAAUUUUAUAACUGGGAUUACAGCAAACCAGGUAUUUCCACCAGUAAGUUCUGCUAGUCCCCAGGUUCCAAUAUUAAGAGGAAAUGGAUUUGCAACCUCUAUUCCUAUCAGCUCUGUAUGGAAUUCACAUAGCUUGAAUAGAGCAAGGCUUUCUGCAUCAGCUCCUAACCCAAGCAUCAGUUGUCCUCCAAAUAAUCCUCCAUCCAGUAUCAUUUCUUCUGUCAAUUUAAACGGGGAAUUGUCCUCUAGCAAUGAAUCCUUGCAACAUGUGCAGAAUGUUCAGAUAGCAAACAAGUCUUUGGUAGAAAGUAUUCGUUCAGGCCUGGGAAUGGAUGAGGAAAAAUAUGCUGCAUUUAAAAUCAUUUCUACUGAAUAUCGCCAGGACCGUAUAGAUUCUUGGGAAUAUCUCUCUUAUGUUGAGCAGUUUGGCCUUUCACAUCUUGUUCUUGAUUUGGCUCGGCUCUGUCCUGAUUCUAAGAAGCAACAGGAACUGAUUGACGCUUACAAUGCAAAUGUAUGCCAUAUUGGUGUGCUAGAAAACAACAGCGGUAGGACGGCUGGAACACAUAAGGUUGAGAAGAGGCGAAAGGGAAAGGGCAAAGCUGUUGAAACCGCUCCUAAAGAUUCAUUGGCUGAUAACAAUUUAGACAAUGGUAGAGAGCUGCAGACAAGUGAUCAUUCUUUCAAGGAAAUGGAGGUCUUGUCGAAAGAUGGCUAUUACACUGCAAAAGUCCAACUUUCCUCAACCAGAGAGCAUAACACCACAGGCUCUAUGAUUGUAGAUGAUUCAAGCAGCCAAAGAAAAACUAUUACCGAUAACUCAGGUGGUGAAUUUGGCAGGAGAAAUCGCAAGUUAAAGUUUCAUAUAUUACCUUUAGACGAGGGUAAUGCCGAUGGGAACCCUAGAAGAAUCAGUGGGGAACACAGCACAGAUGACUCUAAUAGGGUACCUGUCCUAGGGGUUUGGCAUAAUGGUGGCGGACAUAGGCUUGUUUCUCAGAGCUAUGCCUCCAAAUGAGAUACCCUUUUAGCAUUAUGGGCUGUGUAGUAAUUUUGGUAUGUGAGUCUGCUCAAGUCACAAUUUGCCCAAGUUGUGCGUGCAGAAGGGUGCAGAAAACUUGAGUGAAUUAGUUGUGGAGUUUUUUGAGACUUUGGAUCUGUUAUUGUAGUCCAGAAAUCGCAAGUGGUAAUAUAUGGUUUGUCCAUUUUUCAACCUUUCACAUUUUUAGCUUUCCAAUUUUUUGGUUAAAGAUUACUACAAAGUACAAGGCAUGCACAAUGUGGAUCACCGUUCUCUUUAAAGGAUCUUUUGUUCAUUUUUUUCGCUUAAAAUAUGCGCGCAUGUUAGAAUUUUUUGCUGUCAGCGAGCUUGGUGGAAAAUCAUCUUUCCAGCAAGGUUCUCUUUUUAUGGGAAUGUUGAGCAGAAGUUCUGAAUAUCACUUUGAGCCUACGUUUCCCCAAAAGAAUAAAGUUCUCAAAUAUUGGAAAAAAUCAUGCGGCCAUGUUAGUAAACUUUCCCAUCCUAGCCAUCAAUGCCAGGCUUUCCUAUAUUAUUGUUGCUAGCCUUUGAUCUAAAGUUUAGUAACACUGGUUGAGGCAAUAUCGUUCUCGGCUCCUGCCAAGCUGUAGUCUGUGUUCGAAGAGAGAACUUUAUUAUAAGCACCAUUUUGGGAGCCUAUUGGUGGAAUUGAGUCAUGGUGAUUUAUG